GCUUGUGCAGGCCGAGGACACCAUCGAUGUCGCCCGCAACACCUUAGAGAAAGCGUCUCCCAUCGGUCUGGACCUCACCCAUGAGGUUACACUGACUGGCCACUGGGCUCCAGGAGUUCUCUUGGCUGCCUCCCCAGUGCUGGGAUUCAACCUGCGUGCAUGGGCUGCGGGGAUCACACCCAGGACCUCAUGCUUUCUAGGCAAGCACUGUCCACUGAGCUAUUUCCGUCCAUCCUGUCCUAUAGGUUUUUCACAAUGGCUGCAGCCCCUCAAGCACCCAAGAGGGGGUCUGUUCGGAAGACAAGACCUGUGACUGUGAAGACCUCACUGAACAACCCCUAUGUGAUCAGCUGGAGCACCCUGGAGAGAGAGGACAUGCACUUCAUCUUACAGACACUUGAGGACAGGCUUAAAUCCAUUGGACUUCAGAAAAUUGAGGAUAAGAAAAGGAAAAAAGCAGCUCUUGUAAAAAAGCAAGGCACAGAAAGCUGUGGCCAGGAUGUUGCUAUCAGUGAGAAUAUAAAGGAGCAAACACCAGAUGCUAACCAGGCAGCAUCGGGGUGGACGCCUGUGCAUGCCAGGAAGCAGCUGGCCAUUGGCGUUAAUGAAGUCACCAGGGCCUUGGAGAGGAACGAACUGCUUCUGGUUCUAGUGUGUAAGUCUGCCAAACCUGCCAUCAUCACCUCACACUUGAUUCAAUUGAGUUUGAGCAGAUCUGUUCCUGCCUGUCAGGUCCCCCGGCUCAGUGAAAGGAUCGCCCCUGUCAUUGGCUUAAAAUGUGUACUGGCCUUGGGGUUCAGAAAGACCACCACAGACUUUGCUGACGAAGUCAAAGCCAUCAUUCCCAGAGUGCCCAGCUUAAAUGUGCCGUGGCUUCAUGACACAAUCAAAGAGCCUGAAGACAGACUAGAGACUGAAUCUUUGGAAAGCCAAGACAAAGGAGUUUUAGAAUCUUCCUUUGAAGACCUUACAACACUCGGUAAGAGAAAGCUUGCUGAAAGUAGGCAGGCUUCAGCUGCAGUAUUACAGCCCCUUAAAAUAAAGAAGCUGAUUCCCAAUCCCAGUAAGAUAAGGAAACCACCUAAAAAUAAAAAAACUACUUCAAAGUAGCUUGUCACUUUGUAUAAUUGGUUUAAAAUAUGUAAAUAAACCUUGAAAUAAAGCGAAUUAUCCUUA